GGCGCCGGCGUCCUGUCAGGCGGCCGAGGGCGCCGCCGCGGACCGCGCCGCGAUGAUGCCGAUGAUCCUCACCGUGUUCCUGAGCAACAACGAGCAGGUUCUGACCGAGGUCCCCAUAACCCCAGAAACCACAUGUCGGGACGUGGUGGAGUUCUGCAAGGAGCCUGGGGAAGGCGGCUGCCACCUGGCCGAGGUGUGGCGGGGCAAUGAACGUCCCAUCCCGUUCGACCACCUGAUGUAUGACCACCUGCAUAAGUGGGGGCCGCGCAGGGAAGAGGUGAAGUUCUUCCUCCGCCAUGAAGACUCCCCAGCUGAGAGCACCGAGCAAGGUGGCCGCCAGGCUCAGGAGCAAAGGGCUCAGAGGAGCGUCAUGACUGUCCCUGGGGAGAAGCGUCCUGAGAAUGGGGCUGGAAAUGCACGUGUUGAGCUCACCCUCUCGGAACUCCAGGACAUGGCGGCCAGGCAGCAGCAGCAAAUUGAGAACCAGCAGCAAAUGCUGGUGGCCAAGGAGCAGCGGCUGCAUUUUCUGAAGCAGCAGGAACGCCGCCAGCAGCAGGCUCUUUCUGAAAAUGAAAAGCUGCAGAAGCUCAAAGAGCGAGUGGAAGCCCAGGAGAACAAGCUCAAGAAAAUCCGAGCCAUGCGUGGGCAGGUGGACUACAGCAAGCUCAUGAACGGCAACCUGUCUGCUGAGAUCGAGCGGUUUAGUGCCAUGUUCCAGGAGAAGAAGCAGGAAGUGCAGACGGCAAUUCUGAGGGUUGACCAGCUCAGUCAGCAGCUGGAAGACUUAAAGAAAGGCAGACUGAACGGCUUCCAGUCACACAAUGGCAAGCUGCCGGCCCCAGCCGCAGUGGAGCUGAAGAGGUUGUACCAGGAGCUGCAGAUCCGAAACCAGCUGAACCAGGAGCAGAACUCGAAGUUGCAGCAGCAGAAGGAGCUGCUGAGCAAGCGCACUGCGGAGGUGGCCAUGAUGGACCGGCGCAUUGGCGAGCUGCGAGAGCGUCUCUACGGGAAGAAGGUCCAGCUCAACCGUGUGAAUGGCACAUCGUCGCCACAAUCACCCCUGAGCACAUCUGGCAGGGUCGCCGCUGUAGGGCCCUACAUCCAGGUCCCCAGUGCUGGGACCUGCCCUGUGCCUGGGGACCCGGUCAAGCCCCAGUCCCUCCCUGUGGCCGCCACUGCUGCCCACGGGCGGCCCAAACCCGAUGACCCCAGCAGACCCAGAGCGAGCAGCACGUGGACAGUGUCAGACCUCGACGUUGGGCCGGGCGGCUCCCCGAGGCGCUCAGCCAGCCUGGCACCGAACCCUCAUGAUGGAAACUGGCCAACCCUGAAGCAGAACGCUGGCUCUACAGGGAAACCAGCCCCGACGGCCGGAGUGGACUGGAAGGACCCAGGCGUGGAGGGCGCUCCAAAGCAGGGCACCAUUUCCAGCCAGCCCCUCCCCCUGUCAGCGCUGGGAGCCCCUGAGAAGCUGGGUGUUGAGAUCGGCAAGGCGCCGCCUCCUGUCCCCGGCCUGGGCAGGCAGCUGCCACCCAGCUACGGGGCAUACCCUAGCCCUCCGCCCACAGCUCCAGGGCCAACAGGCUCCCUGGAGAGGAGGAAGGAGGGCAGCCUGCCCCGGGCUGGCACCAGCACUGCAGGGUGGCAGAAGCCAGUCUCGCUGCCUCCGACUGCCAGUGCACCCCCGCCGGGCUCCUCGCAGCAGAUCCAACAGAGGAUUUCCGUGCCACCCAGCCCUACAUACCCGCCCACAGCCCCGCCUGCCUUCCCGGCUGGCGACGCCAAACCUGAGCUGCCGCUGACUGUAGCUAUCAGGCCUUUCCUGGCUGAUAAGGGGUCAAGGCCACAGUCACCCAGGAAGGGCCCCCAGACCGUCAACUCCAGCUCCAUCUAUUCCAUGUACCUCCAGCAGGCCACGCCCCCCAAGAAUUACCAGCCAGCUGCACACGGUGCCGCGAACAAAGCCGUGAAAGCAGUGUAUGGGAAGCCAGUGCUGCCGUCAGGGUCCACCUCGCCCUCCCCACUGCCAUUUCUUCACGGGCCGCCGGGCACAGGUGCACCCGGAGCGCAGCCCCCGCCGCCCCCGGAGUGUGUCGAGAAGGAGCCGGAGCCAGAGGCGCCUGUACCCGCUGGGGAGGCCGGCGCAGUGGAGAGCCUGCCCCGGCCGCUGAGCCCCACCAAGCUUACACCCAUCGUGCACUCGCCGCUGCGCUACCAGAGCGACACUGACCUGGAGGCCCUGCGCCGCAAGCUGGCCAACGCGCCCCGGCCGCUCAAGAAGCGCAGCUCCAUCACAGAGCCUGAAGGCCCCGGCGGGCCCAACAUCCAGAAGCUGCUCUACCAGCGUUUCAACACGCUGGCCGGUGGCAUGGAGGGUGCCCCGUUCUACCAGCCCAGCCCUUCACAGGACUUCCUCGGCACCCUGGCCGACGUGGACAACGGUAACACCAAUGCCAACGGCAACCUGGAGGAACCGGGCCCGGCCAGGCCCACGGCCCCGCUCCCUGAGGAACCUGCCCCAUCAUCCGAUGCCAAUGACAAUGAGUUACCUUCCCCGGAGCCCGAGGGGCUCAUCUGCCCCUCGGCCAUCCCCCCCACGGCAGAGCCGGCUGAGGACGACAACAACAACGUGGCCACAGCCCCCUCCACAGAGCGGGCCCCCAGCCCUGUGACCGAGGCCCCGUUCCCAGCUGAAGAGCAAGCGCCCGGCCCCUCUCAGCCCCCCGUCGUCCACCUGCCUGCAGCCUCCACGGGCAAGCGGACCAACCUGAAGAAGCCCAACUCGGAGCGCAUUGGCCAUGGGCUACGUGUGCGCUUCAACCCCCUGGCCCUGCUCCUGGACGCGUCCCUGGAAGGAGAGUUCGACCUGGUUCAGAGGGUCAUCUACGAGGUGGAGGACCCCAGCAAGCCCAACGACGAAGGCAUCACCCCGCUACACAAUGCUGUCUGUGCAGGCCACCACCACAUUGUCAAGUUCCUGCUGGACUUCGGGGUCAACGUCAAUGCCGCCGACAGUGAUGGCUGGACCCCACUGCACUGCGCCGCAUCCUGUAACAGCGUGCACCUGUGCAAGCAGCUGGUGGAGAGCGGCGCAGCCAUCUUUGCGUCCACCAUCAGCGAUGUGGAGACAGCGGCAGACAAGUGCGAGGAGAUGGAGGAGGGCUACCUGCAGUGCUCCCAGUUCCUUUACGGUGUGCAGGAGAAGCUGGGCGUCAUGAACAGAGGUGCAGUCUACGCCCUGUGGGACUAUGAGGCCCAGAAUAGCGACGAGCUGUCCUUUCACGAAGGGGACGCCCUCACCAUCCUGAGGCGCAAGGACGAGAGUGAGACCGAGUGGUGGUGGGCUCGCUUCGGGGACCGGGAGGGCUACGUGCCCAAGAACCUGCUGGGGCUGUAUCCACGCAUCAAGCCCCGGCAGCGGACGCUAGCCUGAAGCCUGCUGGAGGGCACAGCAGGGUCGCCGGUGAGGACGGCACCCACUCUGCCACUGGCUGCCUGGCCCCCACAGGCCCAUAACUUGGAGAGACUGGAGUUUGCCAAUUAUUGUAAAUCCAAAUAAACACUCAGCUUCCCAACACCUCCCCGAUCUGGCCCCAUGGUAGGUGUUACCCCAUGCCCAACCCCCACAGUGCUGACUCCUGCCCUCACCAAAGGAGCCGUGGCCCCUGGCCACCCUACAUGACCACCUGCGGCUGCCUACACUGCCCCAGUGCCCCAGGACACAUUUCUGUCUCCUCUGGGCGCCCAAGCACAGCCAG